AUGUCGUCACAAGGGAACAAUCAACUCUUAAUGCUCUCUUCACAAAUGCAAUCAAGUGCCAUAAUCCAAAGCGUGCAAAGGCUGGUAAAAAGAAUUGUUGCUACUACUGAAGUACCCAAGGAUGCAGCUGAUGAAUGGUCAACAAAUAACAAGAAAAAAGUUUUGAAAAAUGCUCCAUGGAAUGUGUUGGGGUGUAUGUUGGUUUUACAGUGUUAUAACUCAGAGAUUCCUAUCAAAGAACAUGUUUUUAAAAGCCAAGUUGAUCUGAAUGAGCCGUUGGGAAGGGGAGGGUGGAUCGAUACUGCAGCUGGUCAAAGAAUAUGGUUUAUCUAUCACUUUGAAGAUCAGCCCUACAAUAUAUGUAAAGAUUGCUUUGUUGUGGAUCAUCUGAAGGAGAAGUGUGCAAUAAUAGCGCAAGAGUUGAAAGUAAAAGCAACGACGGAUGUUGAGUAUUUAGUUUGGAGCCAAACUGAAGAAGGAAAAGCGUUUUUGGCAGCCUAUAUCAUAAAUGAGGGUGCUGGGAGUAAUUCUGGGCUAAUGAAUAUUGAUGGUUCUGAGGAAAAGGUUCAAACAGUUAUAGAGGAGGAAGAAGAUAUAAGGAAGUCCAAGAGAUCCAGAGAAGCUGAAAUCUUGAAUGGUGAUAUGGCGAUUGAUCAAAUAGAUAUGAGUUCACAUAUAAAUCCAAUUUUUCAAAGGGAUUUGAAUAUGAUUGAUGGUACUGAUUCAACGGGAGAACAGAAUGGUGAGUUUGGUAAGCAAUCGAUGCAACUUGUAAGUCUAGAAUCAAAGAGAGAAAAUAUUGCAUUUGAUAGCUCUGGAGAUAAUACUAGUGGAGGGGCUACACAGAAUCAACCUGGAAUGGCUGCAAAUCAAUCAAAGGUGCUUUCAAAGGAGCCUGGUGCCUCCCAGCAGUAGCAUACAAUCCAGAACAAGCUGAAGUAUUACCAGUGUUUGAAGAAAUCCAAUUGACAAAAAGGAAAGGAAUAACAAAUCUUCAUGUUAGGGAUUGCAGAAAUGUUGUUGAUGCUUUAAAUGGAAAAGCUGGAGUAGUCAAAUGGCAAAAUAGCUCUAUACUCAGUGACUGUCUUGAGUGUCUUAAGUAUUUCAAUAAGUGGGUAAUCACUUAUAUACCCAGAGAAACAAAUUGUGCGGAUGAUUUACUAGCAAAAGAUGCAGUCAGCAUGUCUACUAGUACUUGUUGGGAAAAUGAUCCUCCUGGGUGGAUCCUAUCUAUUAUGAGAGAAAAACGCAAUGUUCAACAAAUUUAGUGAUUAAUAUAAAAUCCUAUUUCCUAUUUAAAAAAAAAAAUGACAGGUUAAACCAAGUC